AUGAUGACAACAUUUCUUAAUUCCGAUGCUGCAUGUCGUGUAACAUAUCAAGAAAUAAUAAAAAUUUUACAAACAGAUGCUAAAUUAGGUUUAAAUGAAAAUGAAAUUUUAAAACGACGAAAAUAUUAUGGUCAUAAUGAUUUUGAAAUAGAUGAUGAAGAACCAUUAUGGAAAAAAUAUUGCGGACAAUUUAAAGAACCAAUGAUAUUACUUUUACUUGCAUCAGCAUUUAUAUCAUUAUUAAUGAGACAAUUUGAUGAUGCUGUAUCAAUAACAGUAGCUAUUAUUAUUGUUGUUACGGUUGCAUUUAUACAAGAAAAUCGAGCUGAAAAAGAAAUUGAAGCAUUAAAAAGACUUGUACCACCAAAAUGUGUUUGUAUAAGAGAAGGAAGAAGUCAACAUAUAUAUGCAAGAGAUUUAGUACCAGGUGAUUUAUGUAUUUUGGAUAUUGGUGAUCGUAUACCAGCUGAUUUACGUUUAACUGAAGCAAAUGAUAUAUCUAUUGAUGAAUCAUCAUUUACAGGUGAAAUAAAACCAUCGAUGAAAACUAUUGAAUCGAUUUCAUUUGGUUCAAGACAAACAUCAAUUAGUGAUAGACGAAAUAUUGCUUUUAUGGGUACACAUGUACUUAAUGGAAAUGCAAAAGGUGUUGUGAUAUCUACAGGUGAAAAUUCAGAAUUUGGAAAAGUAUUUCAAAUGAUGCAACAGCAAGAAGCACCAAAAACACCAUUACAAAAGAGUAUGGAUGCAUUAGGAAAACAACUUUCAUUUUAUUCAUUAAGUAUUAUUGGUUUUAUUGUUAUUGUUGGAUGGUUACAAGGUAGACAUCUUCUUGAAAUGUUUACCAUCGGUGUUAGGUAUGUAUAUAUAUAUAUAUGAAUCAUCUCAAACAAAAUCAGACAUACUUCACAUCAGUGGCGGAUCCAAAAAAUCAAUGAGGGGAUGGCGGUUUGCUGAAGGGGGUGACGGUCAUGGUCAAAAACCAGUUUUUGAAGCCUAUUCAAGGCAACACCAGUGUUUUUGUUUUUAUUUCUGCUGAUGAAAAAUGGAAAAAAUUUCGCGAGGGGGUGGCGGUCGCCGAAUCGCCGUACGGUAGAUCCGCCACUGCUUCACAUAUCGGUUUUGACUUUAACUCUUUACAAGAAUUAUUUUUUUUUGUAGUAUAGACAUAUGUAAAAAUAUUGACUCUUUCAGUUGAUUAUUCAUUAAAACUAAUUAUAGUGGUCAUAAGAAAUUCUGCUACCGAGUAAAAAGUACAUAAACUUCAAUCGUUUUGCCUGAUAUUUUGAGUAAAGAUCGAGCUUGUUGAAUCCUGAUUGAAUGUAAUUACUCGAGAUCGAUAGACAUCAAUACAAAAGAUUUACAAUGAAUGCAUUGGAUUUUUUCUUGGAAUCGAAAAAUAACUUUUUUUUUAAUACCUUUCUAAUUUUUCACUAUUUCAAUGUAUUAAUCCCAAGGGGGAAAAAUGAGACUUGAAGAGUGCGUACUUCAGAUUUUUUUGAAGCAGAUGAACUUUUUUCAUUAGUCUAAUAUCAUGAGGUUUGUUUUCUAUGUUAAGAUAUUCUCGUUUAUGUUGACCUUUGGUAUGACAGCUGAUUAAGUUUUGAUUGUACCGUGCAAUCAGAGUUCAGUAUGCUCUAUUUGUGAUCUAAAGAAAUAAAGUUUAGAUACUUUUUACCUGAUAACGAGACUUUUUGUGAUUACCGUAAUUAAUUAUUUAAAAAAACAAUUACCAAAUAUCUCUUUAAUCAUGUGAGAA